AUGUUUUUGCCUAAAAGAUUGCGAAGCAAUACAUCCGGUGGUGCUGAAAUGUGCACGCCUUCACGCUCGAAUAAUGCUAGCGAACUACAGAAACGCACACAAUCCAGAGAUAGAUCGGAGUCACUACCACAAACGCUGGCGCGAACGAGGCUAUCCGAAGGUUCUAUUUACCACAAUAUCGACCCACCGCACCUGGUGCCGACACCAUGGGAGUCUGACCGACGAAAGUGGCACCCCGCAAUUAUCCACAGGCGAUCAAUUCAACGUAAAAGAAUCCCAGCGCGGCUUUUCCAGACUAUGCCCAGAGAAAUCUACGAUUGUAUCCUAGCGCAUAUACGAAUACUCGAUCUGAAAGGCGAUCGUGCAUGUUCUUCAUGCUACCUGAGAGAUAUGGUGAGCCUCUCGCUCGUUAGUAAAGCUUGGAAUCGAGCAGCAAUAGCACAGUUAUAUCGAUCAAUCAUAUUACCGCCGUGCGAUGUCCAUGAUACUUUGUCCGAUCCUAGAAAGGCAGGGUUAAGUCGCCUCAAAAUGCUCCACAGAACACUUCGUGAACAACCCACACUAGGACAAUACGUUCUGGAAUUAAACUUGGCAGAAAUAUAUGCACUAUACAACAAGGCUGGCUCAGGAAAAGAAGAUAUAGUUAACCAGGUUGCGUCGCUGGUCAUGGCAGCUCCGAAUCUAGAGCGUCUCCUUGGGUUUCAAAUACCUUUUACACAUUCCUUCGAUCGGCUUUCUCACGCCCUAUCAAUAAGACGCAACCUAAAAGAGCAAUUCUGGCUUCUAGGCAAAUGGGAUGUCGUUUCCAGUGAAGAAGAGGAAGAAGCAAUAGGGCCAUACUACCACGAAGCACGUGAUCCGACCGAGCGGUUUCUGCUAUUGAACUCUAGGCAUGAUAUUCUAUCUACACUCGUGUUGCAUCAGGAAGAAGGCCAGACAUUUCCUCACAUCAACUUCCGCGCUAUAAUCGGUGCGCUCCGACACCUGCCCGCUUUGCGCCAUCUUGCUCUAUCAGGACUGGUAGCAUCGUCAUUUACCAAUGUUACUCUGAACGCUUUGCCGGCUGGCUUGCGGUCCCUUCGGCUUGAGAAUCUGGCUGGUGUGAAUGAUAGUGGCUUACAACGAUUCUUCAAGUCUCCCCAAGCCAGUUCUGUUGCGAGGCUCACACUUGUUAAUCUCGCCUUGAAGAGCCUCCUCACACUUUCAGACAUCUUCUCCGCCAGCUUGUCAACAUUAAGCUCUUUUACCAUCGCCCAAGACCAAGCGCCCAUGUUUACCGCACAUACCACAGUACCGAAUUUCCGCUCGCCUAACCUCAGAUAUAUUCACUGGGAAUUUCGGUCAGAAGCAGGCCCGCCUCCAACUCUCCCUACAUCAUUAUCCUCAAGUACCGCAGAACAGCUGUGCUUCCCUUUCAAAACCUCGGAGCCAAUAAGCUGUCUCGCAACAUCCCUCCUCGCAACCAGCAUUCAGGAAGGCGGAUUCCCUGCCCUCCACCACAUACGCAUCCCACACGAUCCCCAAGGCCUCAUACAGAAUCUCUGCAAACCCCUUUUCGCAGCCUUGACGCCUUACGAGGUGGCAUCACUAAUGACCACAUCGUCACGGAGAGUGGGGUCAAAUGGAUUUUCGAUUGACAUUCAGAAUUUGCCGGAUACACAGAAAGUUGAGAGAUUCCUUGUCACUGACUACCGACCGUCUAGUGUCCGGGCGGAUUCAGGGUUGGGUUCAUCAUCGAUGUCUAGUGCGGCGGAUCAGUGUGCGCUUUCACCAUUGCGAUCGCGUAUUGCAGCGCAUUGUCGUAUUCUAGCUGCGCGGAAAGAGGCGGCGAUGAAAAUCCAGGUCGUUGACCCUAAUGGGGCCGUUUGUGUUAACGAUGUUAUAGGAGGCUAUGUAGGAGAUGUUGCAAGUCAGAUCAGCUAUGAGCUAGAGCCUGAUAGGAUUCAGACUUCUAAUACCAGUGUGUGUGGGAGUUCAAAUCGAAGCGAGUGGUUGAUAGGAGUGCAGGAUCUGAUAGACGAUACGUCAAGGCACAAGCAACGAAGGGGCAGCUGUGGCCAUGCCAUCGGUAGUAUUGUAGGGCGGGACGCGGUGAGAGCAGAAAACUUGUUCUAA